AUGGCGGUUAUUGCCAUUGCUCUCGUCCUGAUUCUCCUCUAUAUUAUUUCCAUUAUCAUCUUCCGCAGCAAAGACCAAAAGGGUAUAUCCCAAGAGGGGUUCAUCCAGCAGGUUAUCCAGUUGCUCCAGAGCAUUGACCAGCAAAAAGCGCCUCAGGUCACAAAGAUAAUAAAAAGGAAAGCGCUAGAAGCAACCUUUGGUCCAACGACAUGGCAAAGACAGUCCUAUGACGCCUUCCAGGCCGCUGUCUGUUCGACAGACCCUGUGGCAUUCCCAUGUGUCUAUGCCACCAAGGGUUUCAAGGCCAGGGAACACCGUUACAUCUUCCUAGAAUCCGAAGACAUGAACAACAAGAGGAACAUUGCCACUUUGUCCGCUGCUCUCAAGGAAUACCUCACCACACCACACUCUGAACUCGGCCCCAACACCAGUCUCGUGGUUCUCUUCCCCAUCACCGACACUCCAUUGACAGCUCAGGAAUACCACAAGACAUACUGGGACUGCCUCCGCGCGCUGCGAAAGGUAGACACCAAGCCAUGGCCUGCAAAUAUCCCAACCGAUACCGACACCCCGCUCUGGAAGUUUUGCUUCAACGGGGAACCCGUAUUUAGUGCUGCCAUGACGCCUUCCCAUGUGAAGCGGCGUUCCCGAUACGCGCCAUGUUUCUGCAUCGUCUUUCAACCGAACUUUGUGUUUGAUAUCUUAUUCGCCACGGAAUUGAAGAAGAACGGGGCCAUCUCAAAGGUGCGUGGGCUGCUGGCAGACUUUGACGAAGUGCCAAUUAGCCCGGAAUUGAAGAGUUACGGGGAUGUCACGGGCCGGGAGAGCAAGCAAUAUUUCAUCAUGGAUGAGAAUCAUUCUUCUCCGCCUUGCCCUUACCCGACGCUCGAUUGA